ACUAAUGAAGCUAGACAGUGUUUGCACAAUUAAGUAAUGAAGUUGGUGAGAAGUAGACAUGUUACCUACCUGAACAUGUAAGCUUGUGUUUCCCUGUAGAACGAUCUCCAGCUACACAUCUGGUUUUGCUGAAAAUGGAGGACAAAUCUCAUAUUCAAAUCCCAAAGGUUAAACUGGGUAAUCAGGGCUUGGAGGUUUCUAGAUUGGGUUUUGGCUGUGGGGGACUAUCUGGAAUAUACAAUGCUCCUCUCUCUCAUGAAGCUGGAUGUUCCGUGAUAAAGGAAGCAUUUGAUAGGGGCAUUACCUUCUAUGACACUUCGGAUCUUUAUGGUCACAAUCAUGAUAAUGAAAUCUUGGUUGGCAAGGCUUUGAAACAGCUUCCUCGAGAAAAAGUUCAACUGGCUACAAAAUUUGGCCUUGUCAGGUUGGAUGGCUUUCAGUUUGCAAUUAAUGGUACCCCGGAAUAUGUAAGAGCAUGCUGCGAAGCUAGUCUAAAGCGGCUGGAUGUCGACUAUAUUGAUCUGUACUACCAACACCGUGUCGAUGUUUCAGUGCCAAUUGAGGAUACUAUUGGGGAGCUUAAGAAGCUGGUACAUGAAGGAAAGAUAAGAUACAUUGGUCUAUCAGAAGCUAGUAUAGACACCAUAAUGAGAGCUCAUGCUGUUCAUCCCAUCACUGCUGUACAAAUGGAGUAUUCUCUGUGGACUCGAGAGAUUGAAGAUGAAAUAAUUCCACUUUGCCUGAAGCUUGGAAUUGGUAUAGUGUCAUAUAGUCCACUCGGUCGUGGUUUCUUUGGUGGGAAGGCAGUUCUGGAGAGCUUGCCUGCAGAAAGUUUGUUGUCUAUUCAUCCAAGGUUCAAUGGCGAGAAUUUGGAAAAGAACAAACUUUUCUAUAACAAGCUUGCCAAUCUUGCUGCAAAGCAUUCAUGCAAUGCUCCUCAAUUAGCUCUGGCAUGGCUUCUCCAUCAGGGCAAGGACAUAAUUCCAAUCCCCGGGACUACUAAACUUAAGAACCUGGAUAUCAAUGUCGGAUCAUUGGAUGUGAAGCUUACAGAAGAGGAUUUGAAUGAAAUUUGUGAAGCUGUGCCCAUUGAUAAAGUUGGAGGAGACCGAGAAUUUGAAGUGUUCUCAAAAUUUGUGUGGAAUUAUGCAAGUACACCCUCAAUGUAAGGGAGCUCUCAGUUCUUUUGUGUACUGAAUUAAUUGGAAUAGCACUACCAGUGUCUGGUUACUGUCGUUUCACUGCAGCCAGUAAAUGUAUGUUCAUUGUGUGCUGAUUCAUUUUAGCUUACAUACCUUAAUAAUAUGAAGUUCCAAGUUUCCAACUA